GAAGCUUGUUUCUCUCGCGAGAUCGAUGGCAACACGCUUCUCUCCGGCAAGUGAUGCUAAGGCUAGCUAGCAAACAAAAGGUGACUGAAGACACAUUUGUUAUUGUAGUUCAGAUUCAUGUUCGGUCAGUGUAAUGUUCAACAAGUCCGUUUCCUCUCUGUAACUUAAGCCGAAGUUAGUUUAUUGGCUAGCGGUUGGCAUCAGAUAGCCAGCAAUUAGCAUUAGAUAAGCCGCGGCUAACGCCAGUGAAGGAGAGACGCAGGGGAAGCUGCUGUCGUUUUAUAAUCUCUACACUAGUGAAGCUGCGAUGUUGUCCGCUGUUGUCAGAUCGGCUUUAACCAAACACACAUACGUUCAGUCUGCCGUCAGGGCCAUGUCGUCCUCAGCUGGUCCCACCUCUCCUUACACCACCCUCUCCAUCAGUCAGCCAGCAGAGAACAUCACACACGUGGAGCUUCACCGGCCUGAGAAACUCAACGCCAUGAACAAAGCCUUCUGGAGUGAAAUGGUGGACUGCUUUAAUGAGAUCACGGCAGACCCGGACUGCAGAGUGGUGCUGGUUUCUGCAGCAGGGAAGAUCUUCACAGCUGGUAUCGACCUGAUGGAUAUUGCCAGCGACAUACUCCAACCACAGGGUGACGACGUGGCCAGAGUCUCCUGGAACUUGCGAAGAAUAAUCGCCAAGUAUCAAGAGACAUUUUCUGUCAUAGAGAAGUGUCCAAAGCCUGUUGUGGUGGCCGUACACGGAGCCUGCAUCGGAGGAGGUGUUGACCUGAUCACAGCCUGCGACAUCCGCCUGUGCUCUCAGGACUCCUGGUUCCAGGUGAAGGAAGUUGAUAUUGGACUUGCAGCAGAUGUCGGGACUCUCCAGAGACUUCCUAAAGUCAUCGGAAGCCGCAGUCUAGUGAAUGAAUUGGCUCUGACGGCCAGGAAGAUGUACGCAGACGAAGCAAAGAGCAGCGGGCUGGUCAGCCGAGUGUUUGCAGAUAAGGCAGCCAUGAUGACUGGAGCUCUGGAGCUGGCUGGGGAAAUCGCUGCUCGCAGCCCUGUUGCUGUACAAGGAACCAAAGUCAACCUCAUCUACUCCAGAGAUCACAGCGUGACAGAUGGGCUGGACUACAUGGCCACGUGGAACAUGAGCAUGCUUCAGACUCAGGAUGUGAUGAAAGCAGCUCAGGCUGCCAUGGAGAAGAAGGUUCCCAGGACAGUCGCUUUCUCUAAACUCUAAAACCCAUCACUGAGCUUUUGUUUCCCCAUGGCGAGGAUUUCUCCCUGAUGAAAAGGUUAAUUACACUAAUUUAACAUCAAAGGAACUAAAAACUGAUUCAUUUAGUUCAGAUCAACGUACUCCAUCUGGAUUGGACACUGACAUCAGGCUCAUCCACUCACUUGCCUGUCCAUCUGUCUGUCUGUCAGCAGUGACAUUCCCUUAAAGGCAUAGUCCAAGUUUGUUUGUUUUUAAGGGCGGUUGUAGAGGUAUGAACACAUCCAGACUGAGUUAAAUCUAAUCUGAUCUAAGUUCAGCGUGGAAUGUUUUUGAACAGUAACAGUUCUGUUAAUGCCUUAAUUAACAUCUUAUUAAAUACAUUUUGUUGAAA